GAUAGGCACUGAGUUUAUGGGAACGUAAAUGUAACUUUGGCGAGAGAACAAGGGCAAUAACAAGACUGUAGUAUAGGAUAGUAUAUAAUAACAGGCUACAUUAAUUAUCUUAUAUUAUCUAGAAUAAAUUACAUGAUCUGUAAUUGAUUUCUGACCCAAUAUUUGACAAGACCCAGGCAUAUUUAACAAAAAAAGCCUCUAUCUAGAGGCUUCUCCUCUCGUCGCGCAAUAGAGCUCCACGGCAGAGCGCUGUUGAUAUUCGAGAUGAGAGUAGUUGGCUUGUCCAGUGUCCCGGGGACACUGCCGAGCACGUCGCGCUCAGCGCACAGAGCAGAGAGCUCAAGCCUACCAGAGCCGUUUGAAGAUGGCAGACCGGCAGCAGAAACACGAAGGCGGCCGAGUGAAGAUCGGACAUUAUCUUCUCGGAGACACUCUAGGCGUCGGCACCUUCGGCAAAGUAAAGAUUGGAGAGCACCAGUUGACAGGUCAUAAGGUGGCAGUGAAGAUCCUGAACAGACAGAAAAUCAGGAGUCUGGACGUGGUGGGCAAGAUCAAACGAGAAAUACAGAACCUCAAACUAUUCAGGCACCCUCAUAUCAUCAAACUGUACCAGGUGAUCAGUACUCCUACAGAUUUCUUCAUGGUGAUGGAGUAUGUCUCAGGAGGAGAGCUGUUUGACUACAUCUGCAAACACGGACGGGUAGAAGACAAAGAGGCUCGUCGGUUGUUCCAACAGAUCAUCUCAGGGGUAGACUACUGCCACAGACACAUGGUGGUGCACAGAGACCUCAAACCUGAGAAUGUUCUGCUGGACCAUUCCAAGAACGCCAAGAUAGCUGACUUUGGGUUGUCAAACAUGAUGUCAGAUGGGGAGUUCCUGAGGACCAGCUGCGGAUCUCCCAACUACGCUGCUCCUGAAGUCAUCUCUGGAAGGUUAUAUGCUGGCCCUGAAGUGGAUAUAUGGAGCUGUGGUGUGAUCCUGUAUGCGUUGCUGUGUGGGACUCUACCCUUUGAUGAUGAACAUGUUCCCACGCUGUUUAAGAAGAUCAGAGGGGGCGUGUUCUAUAUGCCAGAAUACCUCACUCGCCCCGUCGCCUCCCUGCUGCUGCUCAUGCUGCAGGUCGACCCAUUGAAGAGAGCCACCAUUAAAGACAUUAGGGAACAUGAGUGGUUUAAGCAGGACCUGCCAGGCUACCUGUUUCCUGAGGACCUGUCUUAUGACUCCACGGUUCUGGACGAGGAGGCCGUCAGGGAGGUGUGCGACAAGUUUGAGAGCACUGAGUCUGAGGUGAUGUCCAGCCUGUACAGCGGAGACCCCCAGGACCAGCUGGCGGUAGCAUACCAUCUGAUUAUAGAUAACCGUCGUAUCAUGACUCAGGCCAGUGAGUUCUACCUGGCCUCCAGCCCUCCCCAGGGCUCCUUCAUGGAGGAUGGCAUGCCCCUGCCUCCCAGGGUCAAACCACACCCAGAGAGGAUGCCCCCCCUGCUGAUAGACAGCCCUAAGGCACGCUGCCCGCUGGAUGCCCUCAACACCACCAGAGCCAAACCCCUGGCAGUGAAGAAAGCCAAGUGGCACCUGGGUAUCAGGAGUCAGAGCAGACCCUGUGACAUCAUGGCUGAGGUCUACAGGGCUAUGAGACAGCUACAGUAUGACUGGAAGGUUGUGAACUUGUACCACCUGCGUGUUCGGAGUAAGAACCCAGUAACAGACAACCUGGUUAAGAUGAGUCUCCAGCUGUACCAGGUGGACAACAGAUCCUACCUGCUGGACUUCAAGAGCAUCGAUGAUGACAUCAUGGAGGCAGUAGGGUUUAAGUCAGGUUCUUCCACCCCUCAGAGGUCAGGCUCCACUGCAGGGCUCCAUAGACCCAGACUCAGUGUGGACUCAGCCUUACCUGCUGUGGAUCUCCCCCAGCUCAGCUCGUCCCUGCCUGUGUCGCUGUGCUCCAGCGCUGCCCUCAUCACAUCCACCCCGCGCCAGGGCAGCCACACCAUGGACUUCUUUGAGAUGUGUGCCAGUCUCAUCACCACACUGGCCCGCUAGAGAAGGUUAACUCCGCUGGAUAACGUGAAGUCAGGAAAACUCCAGGUCCUACUUGCAUAACCUCUAAAACAGAACCCUGCCCUGAGCCUUGUAGUUAGACAGUUUGAUAUCGGUGUGAUCCUGGCCUAAGUUUAGUAGAGCACUGUCCGCCUAACCACAUAUCUAGGGUCAGUUGUGUGUUGUUACCUCCCUAAGUUUAUAGGUUUAGGCUGGGCAUGGGAAAGGUUAGGGGUUAGAGAUCAAACUUGCUGGGGCAGGGUCACAUUAGGUCAAAUCUACUUUAUCCCAUAGACUGUAUAAAGAUGGGCAGCUCCUCCCACAUUACUCUGAACCUCCAAUCAGCUGUGGAAUAGCCAUCACCAUAACAGAAUUGCAAACAAUUUUAUGCAUCCGGUUUUCAGAGAUACAGUUAAUUCAACUUAGCUUUCUUUUCCGCUGAAAACCGGUUGUGUGAACUCCGCUAAGACGUUUUUCUUAUGCCUACUAUGUUAGGUUACACAUUAAAAGUUUUAUUUUAAA